UGCAGACGGUGAAAUUGUGCAGAACCGCGUUGAUGCGCGUGUUCUGCGCCGACUGUCUGGUUCUUUGCGCCGAUCGCAGUGAAAUCAGCACAAACCCCCCGGGUUGCGUUUAUGCGCUUUCAACGUCACAGCAAGGUGACGUCUGCUGCGGUAACCCUCCAGUAAAACAGCACAGCUGUCCUUGCUGGUGUGGUCCAGGGCUCUAGAGCACACAGAGAGCCCAUGGAGGACAAGGUAGGGCAGGCAACCAGCCUGCAGGCGGAUGGAGGCGCGGAGGCUGGGGCGAAGCCCAGGGAUGGCCCCGAGGAGGGACCCAGGAAAUGCAGCUCCUCUCGCUCCUCACGCAAGAGCUUCCGCUUAGAUCACCGGCUAGAGGAGGACGUCACGAGAUCCAGGAGGAACCUGCACGGGCGCUUCGUCAACCCAUGGCCCACGUGGACAACGCCCUCUUUCUGUGCAUUCCUCAAGUUCCUGAUGUUGGAGAAGAACAACAGUAAAGUCCCCAGCUCUAAAGAGGUGUUGGACCAGGAGCUGCCGGUUCUGGAGCCUUAUUUCAUCCAAAAACCCCAGGAGGUGGGACAGACCGGCACUGGGCUCAGGGUGACUUGGCUGGGCCAUGCUUCCGUGCUGGUAGAAAUGGACGACCUGGUGGUGCUGACCGACCCGGUGUUCAGCCAGCGGGCGUCGCCGGUGCAGUUUGCAGGACCCAAGCGGUUCCGGGGUCCACCGUGCUCCGUGGCCCAGCUGCCAAAAGUGCACGCUGUGCUCAUCAGCCACACGCACUACGACCACCUGGACGCCAAGUCGGUGACUGCCCUAAACGUGCGCUUCGGCGGUGAGCUGCGCUGGUUUGUGCCGCUGGGCCUCCUGGACUGGAUGCAGCGUUUCGGCUGCGAGAACGUCAUCGAGCUGGACUGGUGGGAGGAGAACUGCGUCCCGGGCCACGACGAGGUCACCUUCGUCUUCACGCCCUGCCAGCACUGGUGCAAGCGCACGCCACUGGACGACAACCGAGUGCUGUGGGGUAGUUGGGCUGUCUUGGGCCCCAGCAACCGCUUCUUCUUCGCCGGAGACACCGGCUACUGCGCCGCCUUCCAGGAGAUCGGCAAGCGCUUCGGGCCCUUCGACCUGGCUGCGGUGCCUAUCGGAGCGUAUCUUCCCAGGGACUUUUUGAAGCCCCAGCACGUGGACCCAGAGGAGGCUGUGCAGAUCCACCUGGAUGUUCGGGCCAGGCGUUCGAUCGGAAUCCACUGGGGCACUUUUGCUUUGGCUCAUGAGUACUACUUGGAACCUCCUGUGAAACUCAGAGAGGCUGCAGAAAGGAGCGGAUUGAAGGAGGACGACUUCUUUGUUCUAAAUCAUGGAGAAUCGAGACUUCUGAACUCAGAAGAUGAGGAUGUGUUUGAGGGUUCGGACUAGGAAGUUUUUUUUUUUUUUUUUUUACAUUUCCACAUUUUUGGAGCGGAAUGUUUUAUAUACCAGAUUUUUGCUGUAUAAUGUGUUUUUGAUUUCUAAGCUCUAUUCAACGUACCGUACAGAAGCGUAGUAAAUGGGCUUUAAGCCUGAGCAUUCCUGUUAGCAAUGGCAAUACAUUGUUCAUCUGGUAACUCCGUGCUUUUCAACAGUGCAGCUUUGCAUAUGGUAUUACACCAGUUGCCUUUGUGGGCUUUGACCUUUCAGCACUCUGAUCAGGUUAGCUUAAACGUUAUACCCCCGAUAUCCUUCCUCUAUUAAAACUAUAAUACCCACGUGCAUAUCUACAUCUGUGCUCUAUAAGUCACAGCUGAGCUUCUCAUUAUCCCGAAUCAAAUAUCUUCCUAACAAGCAUGAGUUUUACCAGGCACCGCUUAACCUUUAAGAGCUUCGGGUUUUAUUCAUUAGUACUGUUUAAUUAUGCAGCAGUUCAAAAAUAUGGCUUUUGUGCAGAAGUGCUAACAUGUUUGGUCUUGACGCUGGCUACCUUGGUAGGGCCUGACUUUGAAUAUUCAUUGAGCGUGCAAUACAUUGAAGUUUAAUAAUGUUCCAGAAUGUAACUGCACAGUACCUUGGUUUGUACAUGCACAAGAGAUGUGAGAAACUAUUCUUAAAUCUCUCACAUUGCCGUAAGCCUUAUGAGAGCACAGCUGAAUGCAGUUAACCAGUGAAAAAUCCAAGGACCGUACACCCUUUUACACUUUACUGUGCAUUUAAUUUUUCUUAUGAUUGG